AAUUAAUAUUGUUCUCAUCACAAAAUAAACACAAAUUUCUACAAUGUCUCAAGUUUAUAUGAUCGUUUUUCUUACACUCUUUCUCUCUUUGUUUUACACUACAAUAGGAGAAAACAAUCUUCAUAAUAACCAAGAACAAACACAAGCUUACAUUGUUAGCAUUAGAAACGACCUCAAACCAUUAUAUUUUUCCAACGUUGAGGAGUGGUACAAAUCCAUUCUUAGCCGUACCAAUUCCAACCCAAAUGAUGCCUUGCUUCAUGUUUAUAAAACCGUCUUCCACGGCUUCUCGGCCCGGCUUAGAUCCGACCAAGCCAACUCGUUAAGAUCUCAAGUUGAGGUGAUUCACAUAUUUCGAGAUGUAAUCUACCAACUACACACCACAAGAACACCCCACUUCCUUGACCUUAAUACCUACAAUAGCCCACUAGGUUUGCUAAAAGACUCAGACUUGGGCUCUAACGUUGUAGUUGGAGUCCUCGACACGGGUAUCUGGCCCGAGAAUCCUAGCUUCAACGACGCAGGGAUGGACCCAGUACCAUCUAAUUUCAAGGGAGUAUGUGACGGAGGGGAGAAUUUCCCACCCUCACUUUGUAACAAGAAGAUAGUAGGCGUAAGAUACUUCGCUGGGAUGAUGUCAAAAACCGAAAAUAAAUCACUAUCAGCUAGGGACGACUUUGGGCAUGGGACUCACACUGCCUCCACAAUCGCUGGUCGGACUCUAAACCAAAAUGUGUCCUUCUUUGGUUAUGCUAAAGGAGAAGCCACAGGAAUGGCUCCCAAGGCAAGGUUGGCUAUUUACAAGGUGUGCUGGUCGUUCGGGUGCUCGAGCUCGGAUGUACUAGCUGGCAUCGAUAAAGCUGUAGAAGACGGUGUGGAUGUCAUAUCCCUCUCCUUAGGCGGCCCCCUAGAACGUUUCACCGAUGACACAAUUGCCUUGGGCGCAUUUGGAGCAUUCCAAAAGGGGGUGUUUGUCUCAGCAUCGGCUGGCAAUUCUGGGCCUAUUCCUGGAACACUAUCGAAUGUCGCCCCGUGGAUCACUGCGGUCGGAGCCAGUACCAUCGACAGAACAUUUCGAGCAGAUGUUAUCCUCGAUAACGAAGAGGUUUUAUCUGGUAGUUCACUAUACACCGGGGGUCCAUUACCAAAGAAUAAAACGUUCCCUUUAGUACACUUUACAUCGAAUUACUCUAUGGAAUAUUGCUACCCAGGUUCAUUGGGUGGAGUAGACGUCAAGGGUAAAAUUGUAAUAUGCUCAUCGCCGGCUUUGUCUAGUAGGGUUGGGAGGGGAGUUGAAGUGCAAUUGGCGGGUGGAGUAGGUGUUAUCGUCGCCUUGAAUGAUCCUACAGUAGACGUUAAUGAUACAGUAAAAAGCGACCCGUAUUUGAUACCGGGAGUAACCAUUCCUUUCUUCGAAACUAGAAGACUUUUACACUACAUAAAGAACAAGCAAGUGAAACAGGCCACCAUAGUGUUUCGAGGGACUCGUUACGGCGAAAAACCGGCCCCAAUGGUUGCCUCAUUCUCAUCUCGAGGCCCAAACACCUUGUCGAAAUAUGUUCUAAAGCCGGACGUGAUUGCGCCAGGAGUCGACAUACUAGCUGGUUGGCCUAAAAACUUGUCACCUUCUGGGUUGGAUAUCGAUCAUAGGAGGUCCGACUAUAAUAUUAUGUCAGGUACUUCCAUGUCAUGCCCUCAUGUGUCGGGGUUAGCCGCUUUGCUUAAGAGUGCUCACAUGGAUUGGACCCCGACCAUGAUCCGAUCAGCCUUAAUGACCACUGCCUACACUGGAUACCAUCAUGAGAUGAACAAGACCAAGACUACACGACAAAACGGACAUCAGCUAUCGUAUUGGGUGAGUGGUGCAGGACAUGUUAAUCCAGAGAAGGCCAACGAUCCCGGGUUAGUGUUUGAUCUAAGUGAGGAUGACUAUGUUCAGUUUUUAUGUGCUUCGAACUAUAAUUCGACUGAAAUUCAGAUCAUAGUGAAGAAACCGGUGAAAUGCGACGAUGAGACGAAGGUUAAAGAAUGGGACUUAAACUACCCUGCCUUGAUUGUUCCAACGAAUUCAAAAGGUAAAGAGAUUGAAAUUGUUAGGACUGUAAAAAAUGUGGAGUCUGGUUCAUCGACAUACACAGCAAAAGUUGCACAUCCUAAAGGCUUAAGUGUGAGUGUUAGUCCCCUGGAAUUAAGCUUUAAGGCAAUAAAUGAGACACGGAAAUUCUCGGUUAAGGUCUCAGCAUUCAAAGGUUUUAAGCAUGAUGAAGAUGCAAUGAGUUCAAUUACUUGGACUGAUGGUAAUAAUCGUAAUGUCACCAUACCUCUGAUUGUGGUAGUCUAAUGUUUUUAAGUGUUCAAAUUAUUAAUAAUGUAUCAAGUUUUUAUAUGUAGUACGAUAAUUUAUGUAUCUUAGUUGGGAUGUUCAGUUCAAUAUUACUUGUGUAGUUGUGUUUCUAGUUCA